AUGACUGAAUUUGUACUCUCAGAGUAUUUGAGUAAGUUUCAGACAUCGGAUAAAAAUAGUUUCAGUCCUGUGGAGAAUACCUCAAGGGAACUUAACGUGGUUAUAGAGAAACUAGCAGUGUCUCCAGAGCAGAUUGAUACAGAAGAUGAAACAUUAGAGUCGUUACUCGAUCUUUGUCAAGGGUUCCCUCACCUAACCGAUAAGCUGCAAAUACAGUUGAGCUAUUUAGUCAGUUCAUCAUGUAAAAUACUAGCUAACGAUAUACAGAAUAUUCUCACGGGAACUACAAAUUACAAUGACACAAUUGAGUUGAUACCAGAAUGGAAGAGGCAUCUGGAAGAGUAUGGUUACCUCAUACACACAUUAUUAUUUUUUUUGAAAGAGGACAUCCAUAAAACUGCUUCCCGAUCCUCGAACCUAAAUAGAGGUCGUAAGGCUACAAGCGGUAAUGUGGAAAACCAUGUUGUUGAAAAGUUCAAAUCUUCAUGCAAUCAAAUUUUGCAAUUAUGUGAGACUAUAAUUUCCAUCUUAAAUAUAAAUUUUAAUCGUAUUUUCCAGACGACAGUUGAAAACGAUCUAUUCAUUGGUCUGUUUACGAGACCAUUAUUCUCUCUGGUAGAAGUGGAAGCAGCUAUAAAGGUUCCGGCUUUGAAACACUCAAUAACAACUAUAAUUGCAUUAUCUGUGAGGAAUCAUGGUCAGAGUUCUAGUACCCAAAAUGCCAUAUUAACUAAUCUUACAUACUUCUCACAUCUAUCGAACUUUUCUGCAGAACUCCUCAUGGUGCUUUCUGCCGAAUAUACUUAUCCACAAUUGACAGAAGAUAUUUUAAAAGACAUAAGUAAUCGUGUAUUUAACGCCAAAGAUUCAACGGGGCCAAAAUCUAUUUCAGGGUUUCUAAUUAAGUUAUCAUCUCUUCUUCCAGUAGUCAUGCUAAGACAAAUGUCGUCUUUAAUAAAAUUACUAAAUAAUAGUUCCAUUACACUUAGAUGUUCCAUCGUUGAGGCAUGCGGUAACAUAGUGGUAAAUCUGGCUAAGGAUGGGGAAUCAUUCAUACACUACAAGCAGCAGAUAGGUGUCCUUAUUGAACUUUUGGAAGAAAGAUUUCAAGAUUCCAAUCCCUAUGUUCGUACAAAGGCUAUCCAAGGUUGCCUAAGGAUUAUAGAUCUAAAUGUGAAAUUGAACGAGAAAAGGGGAAGUAUAACAACACUUGCAGUCAGAUCGCUACAAGAUAGGUCGUCUUUGGUGCGGAGAAAUGCAACAAAACUCUUAUCAAAACUACUUCUGAAGCACCCUUUCAAUUUAAUACACGGAUCACAAUUAAGAUUGUCAGACUGGAAAAUGUAUUUAUCUGUGGCUGAAGAAACGCUGGCCAAAUUAUUAGGAGAAGAUAAUCCUACUGACAGCAUAUUAGGUGAUAGUGAAAGUAUCCAUGGUACUGAUGAUAUUUCAAGAAUUGAAGAAGAAGCUACUGAAGUCAAUAGUACCAAUGGAGACUCAAUUUUAAAAGCCCGCUUAAUGGUUUCAUAUUAUAAGGAUGCUCUCGAAUUUAUUGAAAGUUUACAUCGCGGUGUUGAUCUAAUAUCGGAUUUGUUAUUUUCGAGAAAUAGGAAUGAAGUACUGGAAGCAAUGGACUUCUUGGUUCUCUGUGAUGCUUAUGAUUUAGAUCCUAGUGAGAAUGGAAUAAAGAAGAUGCUGCAUCUAGUAUGGGUUAAAGGUACAAAUGACGAGGGUACAAGUAUUUCGACGCACCUUAUUUAUUGCUAUAAACAAUUAUUUUUGACAGCUCCAGAUGGCGUGAGUACUAAAGAACGUUCAGGGUAUGUAGCAAAGAAUUUGAUAAAUCUAACGGUAGGCGCAUCUGUUGCUGAUCUUGCGUCUUUAGAAAAGUUAUUAGGAAUGAUGUACCAAGAUAAUUUGAUAGAUGAGAAUAUUAUCAGAGUCUUAUGGGCAAUUUACAACUCAACCCUAAAAAAGGAUGUUGCGGGAAGGUUUACAAAGGAUCAACUACAUGGGUCUAUUAUAGUGUUAAGUAUGCUAGCUCUAGAAAACCAUGAAAUAAUAACAAAAGGUUUAGAUUCCUUGCUCAAUAUUGGACUAGGGGACAUUGGAAAUAAAGAUCUUAUUCUGUGCAAAUAUUCGUGUAUUGCAAUAGAAAGAAUGGUACCCAAAAAACAGAUGACAAUCCAGUCUGCAAUUUCGGAAGCCCAAGAAGAAAUUGCAGUCAAGAAGUUAUAUAAGAGGAUUGUUAACAAUACUAAGGAUUUGGCGUUUUACCCUAUGUGCGAACAAGCAAUAAAUGCAUUGUUCACCAUAUCCUCAAAACCAGACGUUGUCGGGUCUGAUUUAAUACGUGAGAAGACUAUGAUGACAUUUGGAAAACCAGAGUCCGGAGAAGAUUCGAUGAUGGUGGAUACCGAUUCAAGAGUUGUCUCUCUGAGUCAAUUACUGUUUAUUGUGGGACAGAUCGCCAUCAAGACUCUAGUAUAUUUGGAGAAAUGCGAAGCAGAUUUUAAAAAAAGAAAAAUCCAAGCUGAAAUCCAGAAGGGUAAGCAGAAAGAUAAUGAAGUCAACACUACGACGGAUUCUAUUAGUAAAGAUAAAGAAUUAGAAAUGAUCGGGGACACCAAUGAAGACGAUUUUACUGAUGCGAUCCAGUUUAUUAAGGAGACUGAACUUUUGUACGGUGAAAAUUCCCUGUUCAAGAAAUUUUGCCCCAUCAUUGAAGAGAUUGUAUCAAAUUCGACCAGGUUCAAUGAUGUAAUGCUGCAGAGGACAGCUACUCUUUGCAUGGAGAAACUUAUGUGUAUUUCCUCCAAGUACUGUGAAAAAAAUCUUCCAUUGUUGAUUACAGUAAUGGAAAAGAGCCCUGAUCCAAUUGUUCGUUCUAAUGCUGUAUUAGGUCUAGGUGAUGUCGCUGUUUGUUUCAAUAAUCUAGUUGACGAGAAUACCGAUUAUUUGUAUCGUCGUCUUCACGAUGAGAAUUUAAUGGUUCAGAGAACUUGUCUAAUGACUGUUACAUUUUUGAUUCUAGCAGGUCAAGUGAAGGUUAAAGGUCAAUUGGCCGAAAUGGCAAAAUGUUUGGAGAAUCCUGACCAAGGUAUUAGUGAUAUGUGUCGUUUAUUCUUUACCGAAUUAGCUACCAAAGACAAUGCUAUUUAUAAUGGUUUUAUUGACAUCUUCAGUAACUUAUCUUCAGAUAAGAUGUUGAAACAAGAUGGAUUUAAAAAGAUUAUCAGAUUUUUAUUAUCAUUUAUUGAAAAAGAAAGACACCAGAAACAAUUGUGUGAUAAAUUAUGCAGUAGAUUAAAAAAAUGCACAACACAGGAACAAUGGGAUGAUGUAGCAUUUGUCUUAAAUAGUAUGCCAUACAAAAACGAAAAUAUUACAGCGAUUUUGGGCGAGGGGUUUAAACUUGUAGCUGCUCGUGGAUAG